ACUGGGUAUAAAGCAGCAUAUGACUCCCCAGCACCGGGCGGUGAUGAAUUGGGACGCAGGCGCGGAGCCCAGGGACCACUCCCCCUGCACAGACAUGAGACCAUAGGGGACCUGUCUGGGUGGCCUCAGGGAUAGGCGCUCCCCAAGGUGCGAAUGAGGCAGGAUGAACUGGACAGGUUUGUACACCUUGCUCAGUGGCGUGAACCGGCAUUCUACUGCCAUUGGCCGAGUAUGGCUCUCGGUCAUCUUCAUCUUCAGAAUCAUGGUGCUGGUGGUGGCUGCAGAGAGUGUGUGGGGUGAUGAGAAAUCUUCCUUCAUCUGCAACACACUCCAGCCUGGCUGCAACAGCGUCUGCUAUGACCAGUUCUUCCCCAUCUCCCAUGUGCGGCUGUGGUCCCUGCAGCUCAUCCUAGUUUCCACCCCAGCUCUCCUCGUGGCCAUGCACGUGGCUCACCAGCAACACAUAGAGAAGAAAAUGCUACGGCUUGAGGGCCAUGGGGACCCCCUACACCUGGAGGAGGUGAAGAGGCACAAGGUCCACAUCUCAGGGACACUGUGGUGGACCUAUGUCAUCAGCGUGGUGUUCCGGCUGUUGUUCGAGGCCGUCUUCAUGUAUGUCUUUUAUUUGCUCUACCCUGGCUAUGCCAUGGUGCGGCUGGUCAAGUGCGACGUCUACCCCUGCCCCAACACAGUGGACUGCUUCGUGUCCCGCCCCACCGAGAAAACCGUCUUCACCGUCUUCAUGCUAGCCGCCUCCGGCAUCUGCAUCAUCCUCAAUGUGGCCGAGGUGGUGUACCUCAUCAUCCGGGCCUGUGCCCGCCGAGCCCAGCGCCGCUCCAAUCCACCCUCCCGCAAGGGCUCGGGCUUCGGCCACCGCCUCUCACCUGAAUACAAGCAGAAUGAGAUCAACAAGCUGCUGAGUGAGCAGGAUGGCUCCCUGAAAGACAUACUGCGCCGCAGCCCUGGCACCGGGGCCGGGCUGGCUGAAAAGAGCGACCGCUGCUCGGCCUGCUGAUGCCACAUACCAGGCAACCUCCCAUCCCGCCCCCGACCCUGCCCUGGGCGAGCCCCUCCUUCUCCCCUGCCGGUGCACAGGCCUCUGCCUGCUGGGGAUUACUCGAUCAAAACCUUCCUUCCCUGGCUACUUCCCUUCCUCCCGGGGCCUUCCUUUUGAGGAGCUGGAGGGGUGGGGAGCUAGAGGCCACCUAUGCCAGUGCUCAAGGUUACUGGGAGUGUGGGCUGCCCUUGUUGCCUGCACCCUUCCCUCUUGCCUCUCCCUCUCUCUGGGGCCACUGGGGACAAGAGAUGGGAUGCUCUGACAGCGUCUCCAAUUAUGAAACUAAUCUUAACCCUGUGCUGUCAGAUACCCUGUUUCUGGAGUCACAUCAGUGGGGAGGGAUGUGGGUAAGAGGAGCAGAGGGCAGGGGUGCUGUGGACAUGUGGGUGGAGAAGGGAGGGUGGCGAGCACUAGUAAAGGAGGAAUAGUGCUUGCUGGCCACAAGGAAAAGGAGGAGGUGUCUGGGGUGAGGGAGUUAGGGAGAGAGAAGCAGGCAGAUAAGUUGAAGCAGGGGUUGGUCAAGGCCACCUCUGCCUCUAGUCCCCAAGGCCUCUCUCUGCCUGAAAUGUUACACAUUAAACAGGAUUUUACAGUAAAUGAAGAGGUGGCUUGUG